AUGUUCUCCCCUACAGUUGCCAGCAUGCUUGUCAGCAUUUCAACCAUGGCGUCGUUAGGCAUUGCGGCACCUUCGAACCUUGCUCAACGGUCACCGUCCCAAUUGAGCAUCACGGCGCAGCUGCAAAUCGCGGAUAGCGGUGUCGACCGAGCUGCCCUCCUCCCUCAGGACAAGGACUACGUCUACGACUUUAGUCAAAACCCCGGGCGUUUUGCCGAUCGCAAAACAUUCCCUGCUCUUGUAGGCACUGGGGGUAGUCUGGCUGUCGGCAUACUUCCUCCUUGCGGCAUGUCUUUUCUGCACAUUCACCCUCGCUCCGCCGAAUUGUUCGCCGUUAUUGAAGGACGUGUUCUCACCGAAGCGGUCCUUGAGGCCGGCGUCGUCGAUGCAGACGGCAAGCCGAGGGUCAUUCGCACCGACCUUGGUCCAAACAUGAUGACUGUGUUCCCUGGUGGAGCCUUUCAUACACAGCUGAACCCCGAAUGCACCAAUGCAAGCAUCGUCGCUGCUUUCCCGUCCGAAGACCCCGGGAUUGGUUUGAUCUUGCCGCAGACUUUUGCUCUAGAUGACGAGUGGCUGGAGACUCAAUUUGGUGAUGUCUCUACCGACGAGAUUGCCAAACUCAGGGCUUCCCUUCCUACUGGGUUGUUUUUGCAGGCAGAGGAUUGCAAAAAGAAAUGCGGAAUUCAAACCGAGUAAGAUUGGGUUGAGGAGGGCUAUGGGGGAACCUAUAUCUUAUCUGGACCUAGUCCUACAUUUCUUUUGUUUUGCAUUAGACUGACAGCUCACCUUUGUUUUGACGGCUGAUCUCUUUCCCGCCAGCACACAUUCACUCGAUCUCAACACUUCACUUCGCUUCUUCGCACGCUUUUUUCCAGCGUUCUCAUGCAAGAACUCCUGACACACUUGAUAGAAUCCA